UAGUCUCUGGGGUGGACGUGCCUUGUCAUUAGCUGUUUAUCUCCUCCCACCUGGACCUGUCUGACCUUUAACCCAGCCUCCUGCUCCUUUGAACCGGACUGUUCUCUUUGGCAGUAUGAGCGAGAAGCGAGGAUGUCCCUUUCAGCUGCUGAACCGUGCACACAGAGACUACAGUGGUAGUGGUGGUGGAGGAUCCAAGACCUUCGGGCCAAAUGGUCAUGCCACCACCAGCCUUACCAACCCGGGACCGAGCCCCAUGGGUAGGAGGAGCCAAGGCAUGGGCACCAUGGACAGUGACAGGUCCCUGGCCCUGGAUGAGGCUGCCGCUGCUACUGCUGACAGUACACGCUACUCUCCUGUUUCACUGAAACUGGAGCCCACAGCGGUGAAUAAUGGGUCAGACACUCCCUGCAGCCCGCAGACGGACACAAAGGACCCACCACUGCAGAUCGACGGCCGGCCCCCUGCCUACUGCCCUAACCCUCCUCUCCCUCCAGCCAGCCGGCUGCGCUCCACCAUACACUCCCAGAGCCCCUACGUCACCAAGACUAGCAUGCAGGGAGAUGUCUACAACUUCCUAGAGAGACCUGCUGGAUUGAGAUGCUUCCUCUACCACUUCUUGGUUUUCCUCAUGGUCCUGGUAUGCCUUAUCUUCAGUGUCCUGUCCACCAUAGAACACUAUGCCGAUUUUGCCAGCGGAACACUCUUUGUGAUGGAGAUUGUCCUGGUGCUGUUCUUUGGGACAGAGUACGUGGUGCGGCUCUGGUCUGCCGGCUGCAGGAGCAAAUAUGUGGGGAUCAAGGGACGACUCCGCUUCAUCAGGAAACCCAUUUCUAUCAUAGAUCUGAUAGUGGUUAUUGCCUCCGUCGUAGUGCUGGGUGUAGGCUCCAAUGGCCAAGUGUUUGCCACAUCUGCUAUCAGGGGAAUCCGCUUCCUCCAGAUUCUACGCAUGCUGCACGUGGAUCGUCAGGGAGGAACAUGGAGGCUUCUUGGAUCGGUAGUCUUCAUCCAUAGACAGGAGCUGAUCACCACGCUGUACAUCGGCUUCCUGGGGCUGAUUUUCUCCUCCUACUUUGUGUACCUGGCGGAGAAGGAUGCUGUGGAUGAGGAGGGAAAGACUGGCUUCUCCAGCUACGCUGAUGCCCUGUGGUGGGGCGUGGUGACGGUGACCACCAUUGGCUACGGGGACAAGAUCCCUCAGACGUGGAUAGGGAAGUGCAUUGCUUCCUGCUUCAGCAUCUUCGCCAUCUCCUUCUUCGCUCUGCCUGCAGGUAUACUGGGCUCGGGCUUUGCUCUGAAGGUGCAGCAGAAACAGAGACAGAAACAUUUCAACAGACAGAUCCCGGCUGCAGCCUCACUAAUCCAGACGCUGUGGCGCUGCUAUGCAGCAGAGAAACGAGAAGGGUGUCCCGCCACCUGGAAGAUGUAUGUCCUCACCGGAGACUACAUUCCCCCCAUGAACUCUGAAAACAACAACCCAAACCUCAGAAACAAGCAGUCAGUUAGUGACGUGCUGCCUCUAGGUGAUGGAGUGGAGCACAAUGAAGGCCCCGAGGAAUUCAGAGACUCAAAGAGCGUUGACCUCAGUUAA